AUGGCAAACAUUCAAAUGCAAGAUAAUCGAGUGAUUGACAUUAUCAAAUUGCUAAGGCUAGAAGGAUUGUUUAGAGCCCCUUCAAGAGAGAUAGAUCAUUGCCUAAUAUCGGCCCUAGUUGAGCGAUGGCGGCCGGAGACUCAUACUUUCCAUCUUCCACAUGGUGAGAUGUCAAUCACCCUACAAGAUGUGGAGGUAAUUUUCGGACUUCCUAUAGACGGUGACGUCUUGGUUGGGCCGACUGUUGUGGUGGAUGAUGGGGGUUGGAGGCAACUGUGUACGGAGUUGCUUGGUUUUACUCCGCCGAAUGACAAUAAAACUUUGGUGGGGCAAAGAAUUCUCAUCAGCCGACUUGUUGAGGCCAUUGCAGCGCCACUGCCUCAUGACGCAACGGAGAUGCAAAUACACCAGUAUGCCCGGUGCUAUAUUUUAGCGCUAGUAGGGGAUAAACUUUUCAUGGACAAGUCAGGAGAUAGGGUGCAUCUGAUGUUCCUGGACUUCAUGCGUAACCUUCGUGAUCCGCCACAGUAUAGUUGGGGUAGUGGUUGCCUGGCCUGGUUAUACAGGGAGUUGUGUCGGGCAAGCGAGAAAGGGGCAUCGCAGAUUGGUGGGGCGUGCACCUUGGUCCAGUAUUGGGCAUGGGCAAGGUUGCCAUUCUUGUGCCCGAGGAUAGAGCCCCCACCUGGAUGUGAUUAUGGCCCAUGGCCAUAUGCUCCACUUGCAUUUAAGUGGGUGCGGGUGCCAAGCCCGAAGAGUAGGCCAUCCGGCAUGGCCUUGGUCCACUAUCGCGAGCAAUUAGUUACAAUGCAGCCAGAGCAGAUUGUGUGGCAGCCAUACGAGGCACACUUCGACCACCUUCCUGAGUUCUGCGUUGCAGGGAGGGAUACGUGGACAGCAAGGGAGCGGCCUAACGAUGUUGUCUACGAUGAUAGGCUGCAUAAAAUCGACUUACGUGGGAAGGUGGAAAAGAAUUGGAGGGAGGAGCAUGGACCGUAUAUCAUUUCAUGGGAAAUGAGACGACAACAACUUUGUUAUGCACCUCCUCAGAUUGGUGAGAUGCCCCGCAAUCAUGCCUAUUACGUCUGGUACCGUCCGGUCACUCGAAAGUAUGUCGACCGCAACAGCUCUAAAUUAGAUAUAAUGAUUCAAAGCCAUUUAGCGCUGUUAGCGAUGCUUCCUGAAGGCAGCCAAGCUCACAACCAUGUCCGGCGUGUCCUAAAUAAUGUGGCUGGCCUUGGUGGUGGUCCUGCAGUAAAUGAGCAUGCAAACAAUGGGCAUGAGACUGAACUAGCAGCUACUGCAACCCCAAGCACAAGUGCAGCACCCGUAAGUACACCGACCCGUGGUCAUCGUGCUACUACAAGCCCAAGCACAAGCGCAGCUAGGGGUCGUGGUCGGCCUGCUACAGCAACUCCAAGCACAAGUGCAGUUAGGGGCCGUGGUCGGCGUGCAACAACCCCUCGGGUUGUAACUAGUCUUGAGAUGCCUCCACCCAUCCCGCAGGCAUCUCCUCAGCCUGAGGUCCCUUCACCCAUCCCAUAUGCAUCUCCUCAGCCCGAGGUCCCUUCACCCAGCCCACCUUCGCAGCCCAAUUUCAAUGUCAGUAUUGACCAAAAUGUGACCCCUCCUAUACUCCCCGAGACACCCUCAUAA